AUGCCCAUGGACGAACGCGAGCUUGGGCAGCGCAUCAAGGCGCUGACAAAGUGUGUAGCAGCGAAUGAGCCCCCCGAGAACGCCAUCAAGUUGCUCGAGACAUUGAAGAAGGAUGCUUCUCCCACCGAAGAGAUGCUACGGGUACGGACUGUGCUGAUACUGAGAUCUUCGUCACAGGCUACAAGAGCCGGCGUUUUUGUCGGCAAACUUCGCUCAAAUUCCAACAAGGACAUCGCCCGUGCCGCCGCCGAACUCGUCAACAAGUGGAAGAAGCUGGUCGAACAGGAAAAACACUCGAAACUACAACGUGCAAAGGUCGGCUCAGGAUCCCCAGCCCCAGCUCCAUCAUCAGCGCCCGCGUCAUCUCCUGCUCCUCCCCCUCCAUCAUCAGCCGGUGCCUCUGGGGCCAAGUACAAGGGCGACAUCGAGAAGCGAAAAUACGAGACCGACAACGUGAACGUCAAGCGCACCGAUUCUAAUGUUCGAAACUCAUGCAUUGGGCUUAUCUACAAUGGCCUCGCCUAUCGAUCAACGGCAACCGAGACCGACGUCAUUACUAGAGCCGUCGCUGUUGAGCAUGCCGCUUAUACCAAAUUCAAAGGAGAAACGCCCGAUUACAAGAAGAAGAUCCGAUCACUCUUCACCAACCUGAAGAACAAGUCCAAUCGGGAACUCGGGCGUAGCGUCUUGUCUGGUGAGAUCACUGCGGAGAAGUUUGUUGUCAUGACCGAUGACGAGCUCAAGAGCGAGGAGCAGCGCAAGAAGGAGCUUGAACUAGAAAAGGAGAACAUGAAGAAGGCCCAAGUCCCGAUGGCUGAGAAGAGUAUUAGUGAGAGUCUGGAGUGUGGUCGUUGUAAGAAGAAGCAGGUCAGCUACACGCAGGCGCAGACCCGAGCUGCUGAUGAACCUAUGACAACUUUCUGCGAAUGCAUGGCGUGCGGGCACCGAUGGAAGGUAAGUCUCGUCACUUCCAACAAAGUUUUGGUGACGUAA